AUGGUUCCAAAGAUUCAUACACUUGAUCUUUCUGAUAACUCUUUUAGUGGCGAAAUCCCUUCAUCUCUUACUUACCCACAUGAAGAACCUUCAAUACCUCUUUCAUUUCUGCUAUCUCCAAGAUGGAAACGCAGCAGGUGGGGAGAUCCAGUUCCAGACCGAAGUAGAGAUGAUCAGUUUAGCGUGCACAGAAAUCUUCUCAAACUUGACGGUUUUUGCAUGACAACAACAGAGAGGCUUCUUGUCUAUCCUUUCAUGUCAAACGGGAGAAAACCUUCAUUGGAUUGGGGAACACGAAAGAGGAUCGCUAUAGGAGCUGCAAGGGGAUUAUUGUAUCUACACGAGCAAUGCGAUCUAAAGAUCAUCCAUAGGGAUGUGAAGGCAACCAACAUACUGCUUGAUGAUUGCUGUGAGGUUGUUGUAGGAGAUUUUGGGUUGGCUAAGCUUUUGGAUCAUCGCGAUUCCCAUGUCAUGACAUCGUCUUUAGAGAAAACAGAUGUUUUCGGGUUUGGAAUUCUCCUUCUUGAACUUAUCACUAGCCAAAGAGCUUUAGACUUUGGAAAAGCUGUAAACCAGAAAGGAGUCCUGCUUGAUUGGAAAAUUCACCUGGAAAAGAAACUAGAUAUGUUGGUUGAUAAGGACUUGAAAACUAACUAUGAUAGAAUCGAGCUUGAGGAAAUGGUCCAAGUGACUCUACUGUGUACUCAAUAUGUUCCAAUCCACAGGCCUAAAAUGUCGGAGGUGGUUAGGAUGCUGGAAGGAGAUGGGCUAGCCGAGAAGUGGGAAGCAUCUCAAAGAAAAGCAGAUGGUGGUAGUAUUAGAUGUAGAAGGAAUGAAUUUUCAUCUUCAGAAAGAUACUCUGAUCUUACGGAUGAUUCUUCGUUGCUCAUUCAGGCAAUGGAGCUUUCUGGACCGAGGUAA